AUGAUCUUCACAGCAGAACAGGUCAUGUGUGUGUGUGAGGUCCUCCUGCAAGGUGGUUACAUGGAUCGGCUCUCCAGCUUCCUCUCCACUCUUCCUCCCUCUUCUUCGUGCCUGGGGGAACUAGAGAGCGUGUUAAAGGCCAAAGCUGCUGUGGCCUUUCACCAGGGGCGCUUCUCGGACCUCUACGCCUUGCUGGAGGGCUUCCCCUUCUCCCCACGCAGCCACUCGUUCCUGCAGCAACUCUGGCUGAGAGCCCACUACGCUGAGGCAGAGAAGCAGAGGGGUCGGCCCCUGGGAGCUGUGGGGAAGUACCGAGUCAGGAGGAAGUUUCCUCUACCGCACACCAUCUGGGAUGGAGAAGAGACCAGUUACUGCUUUAAGGAAAAGUCUCGGGGUAUACUAAGGGAGUGGUACCACUGUAAGCCGUAUCCGUCUACCCGGGAGAAGAGGGAGCUCGCAGUGGCCACCGGCCUCACGUCCACCCAAGUUAGCAACUGGUUCAAGAACCGGCGACAGAGAGACCGAGCUGCAGACGUUAACAGUUUCCAAACAUCUGUGAGUGGAGGACCUUCAGACGUCUACCUCUCUGACAACGAACGCUCUCCUCCUGGCGGCUCACAUUACCACCACCACCACCACCACCGGACACCUCCACCCCUCUGCCAUCCACCUCUUCCUCUACAUCAAACGAGCGGAGAACGUUAAGAAGU